GUAUAUUUCUCAGAUGUCCAUCUUGCCCAAUUUGAGUCCUGGGCAAGUAAGCGUGCGCAGAUACUCAGUACUCACGGCAGCACCGAAUUGGCAACGAUAUCCUGUUUCGGAGCCACCCUUCCAGCCAAAUUCUCUGUUCUUGACAAGACAAAGUACAGGUCGUUUGUUGGUCACCGAUUUCUAACAGCUUGGGAAGACAAUAAGAGAGUAGAGUCCAUUGAGGUGAUAACCGAACUUGCUCGGUUACUUUCCGCUCCCACUACCCCGUCGUUUUUCCCUGUACAGUGGAUCCUCGUCACCGAUAUUGUUGACCUUUUUGGUGAAUAUGUUUAUGAUCGAUUGCUAUUGAAAGCUAAUGAGGAGAGAAAGGCUGCAGGAGAUGGAGCAUUGCCUUCAAAUUUCGAGUCGAGUGACGUGCCUCCCAAUACUGUAGAUGUGGCUAAGAACUGGUUCAAUAAGGUUGAAGAUAUCAAAGAAGCUGUUCCUCGAUUUUACGUAGAAACGACGCUGAUCGGUUGCCAACGAUUUUUGGACAGCACUUGUUUGAGAGCCAGUCUUCUUCGUCUUGCAACUAUGAUUGAAAAGUUCCCUCAUCCUCUGUCGGCCGCAUAUGCUCGUGCUUACAUCUGCAAAAUAGCUAUGAUUCUGGAUCCAGCAGAUAGAGGGCCACAUUGGAAAGCUCUCAAUGAUUUGAUGCAGUCAUCAAAGCAACCGGUAGGACAUCAUUUAAGGUCGCCUCUUUUUCAAAUUGACACAGAGUUCGUUACUCCCGCGCUGGAAUGGAUUGUACAGUGCGUGUCAUAUGGAGCAGCCACUGUUGAGGAUCUUGGACCGCUUUGGGAAUACUGCAAAAGACCUGAGAACCAGGCUUCAUUAAUUCAUGCCUUUAUGAUUGGUGUACCCCACAAGUACCUCUUGAACCACUGCGUUGAAGUUAGUGAACUGGUGAGUCAUUUCGCCGCUACACUUGAAUUUUGUCCUGUCUUCAAAAAUUUCAACUCAGUGUUGUUGAGCAUCAGUUUACAGAUUGUCUCACAGUCCCUCCCUCCUGCGGAUUUGGAGACCUUCGGAACUCGAUUGCUUCAGGGUGAGCUAGCUGAAGAUCUACAUCCAAAAGUCUUCAGGUGA